CGUUCGCCCUUUCAAUGCUCUUCCCACCGUCCCUCCCUUGUUCUUACUCCUUUGACAUCCAAAUUCCCCCUUCCUAACUCUUCUCCAACCCUUAAUUACCUCCUCCUCUUCUAUUCCUUGCUCUCUCUCUCUCUCUCAAGUUCUCAAGAAUGGCACCAGUUUCCUUCCACCAUAACUUGAAGACCGUCUGCGUGAUGGAUGCGUCGGGCCGGCUCGGCGUGUCACUAGUCCAGAGGCUACUACAGAGAGGAUACAUCGUCCAUGCCGCUACUUACAAUCAUGUUGGUGCGCCAGGUGGUGAACUGCAUGGCUUGAAGGGGUUGUCAUGCGAGAAAGAGCGGCUUAAGCUGUUCCGAACGGACCCCUUCGACUACCAAAGCCUCGUCGACGCCAUGAAAGGAUGUGCCGGCCUUUUCUAUACCUUUGAGCCUCCCCAAGAUCAAAACUACGAUGAAUUCAUGGCGGAGGUGGAGGUGAGAGCUGCACAUAAUGUGUUGGAAGCAUGCGCUCAAACGGAGUCCAUGGAGAGGGUGGUUUUCACAUCAUCGGUGGCUGCAGUUAUAUGGAAAGAAAAUCGCAAAUUAGACACAGAUUUUGAUGAGAGGGAUUGGAGUGAGCUCAAUUUUUGUCGAAAAUUGAAGCUGUGGCACGCGCUGGCGAAGACGCUAGCGGAGAAGACGGCGUGGGCGCUGGCGAUGGACCGAGGCGUGGACAUGGCGUCGGUCAACGCCGGUCUGGUGGUGGGGCCGGACACCUCGCUGGCCAGCCCUUACCUCAAAGGCGCGCCGGAGAUGUACGAGGACGGCGUCCUUGUCACCGUCGACGUCAACUUCCUCGCCGACGCUCACAUCGCCGUCUUCGAGACCCCCUCCGCCUACGGCCGUUACCUCUGCUUCAACCGCGCCGUCUGCCGCCCCGAAGACGCCGUCAAGCUCGCCCGGAUGCUCUCCCCCUCCUCCCCUUGCCCUCUCCCGAGUGAUGAGUUGAGGGUGAUCCAGCAGCGGAUCCAGAACAAGAAGCUGAGCAAGGUGAUGGUGGAAUUCGCCGCUGGGACGCACCUGGACGGAUAGCAAUGGCCAUUUUGAAGAUAGGAGAUAUUAAAACGUUAAUAAGUUCUUUUAUUAUUGUCUAUGAUUAAGGAAAAGAAGAUAUCGAAAAGAGAGAGCUGGGAGGAAGGAUGUGGUAUGAGACUUGAUUUGAUCCCAUGACCCAGUGCAUGGCAAAUGGCCAACAAGAUGGACGCCUGUAUUUACUGGCUCGUGAAAAAGCAGCAAAGCUUCCAACAAGUGGCUCCUCUCUGGAUGUUGGUGUCCCUAUCCUAAGUUUCCAGAUAUAAUUCAAUUUCUGGUACAACAUGAAUUAGAGGACAUUAAAUGGAUU